GCUUUCGGCGAGCGUGUGAUCCAGUCAUCAACAUCGACUGUUCCCUGCGCCGACCCUCCAAACCUUUCCUCGGAGCGGCCCGCGGUUCCACAGCCUGCAUCGGCGCAUCGAGGCAGAAAAAAGCCGGACUUCCACAGAGGGUGGUUGGGGGGGAAAGACAUGCAACGUGGAGCGGGGGUCUAGGUGGACUACGAUGCCUUAGACUUGGAGAGGAAUCCUGGUACAAGAUGGAGGUAAACAGCGUUAGUAGUGAGGUCAAUGGGCAUCAGAUCAUGGAUGAGCCCAUGGAGGAGGGAGAGUCUUUCUCACACUGUGAUGAUGGGACAUAUAAGGAGAUUCCUAUCACCCACCAUGUAAAAGAGGGCUGCGAGAAAGCCGAUCCGUCUCAGUUCGAACUGCUAAAAGUCCUCGGCCAGGGCUCUUUCGGCAAGGUGUUUCUUGUCAGGAAGAUCCUGGGUCCAGAUGCUGGUCAGUUAUAUGCAAUGAAAGUUCUAAAAAAGGCAUCUUUGAAAGUCAGGGACAGAGUUCGCACUAAGAUGGAAAGAGACAUUUUAGUGGAAGUCAAUCAUCCCUUCAUAGUGAAAUUGCACUACGCCUUUCAGACAGAAGGGAAACUGUAUUUAAUACUGGACUUUCUCAGGGGAGGGGAUGUAUUCACUCGCUUAUCCAAAGAGGUUAUGUUUACAGAGGAAGAUGUGAAAUUCUACCUUGCAGAGCUGGCCCUGGCCCUUGACCAUCUGCACAACCUGGGCAUAGUUUACAGAGAUCUCAAGCCAGAGAACAUCUUACUUGAUGAAGCUGGACACAUAAAGUUAACAGACUUUGGUUUGAGUAAAGAGUCGGUAGAUGCUGAUAAGAAGGCAUAUUCCUUCUGUGGUACGGUGGAGUAUAUGGCCCCUGAGGUGGUCAACAGGAGAGGACACACGCAGAGUGCAGACUGGUGGUCUCUGGGAGUACUUAUGUUUGAAAUGCUCACAGGGACGUUACCAUUCCAAGGGAAAGACCGCAAUGAGACUAUGAACAUGAUUCUCAAAGCUAAGUUGGGAAUGCCCCAGUUCCUUAGUUUGGAAGCCCAGAGUUUGCUGAGAAUGCUGUUUAAACGUAACCCUGCUAACAGGCUAGGGGCCGGGCCCGACGGCGUGGAAGAGAUCAAACGCCAUGCAUUCUUUUCCACCAUCGACUGGAAUAAACUGUACAGGAGAGAGCUCCAGCCCCCGUUCAAGCCCGCAGCAGGUAAACCAGAUGACACGUUCUGCUUUGACCCAGAGUUCACCGCUAAAACGCCGAAAGACUCCCCAGGUAUCCCGCCCAGUGCUAAUGCACACCAGCUCUUCAAAGGCUUCAGUUUUGUUGCGCCGACCCCCAUGGAUGAGAACAAGGGCUCCCCGCUGCUCAGCAUCCUCCCCAUAGUUCAGCUGCACGGAGGCUCAGCCAAGUUCUCCGACAUGUACGAGCUGCAGGAGGACAUCGGGGUCGGCUCCUACUCUAUUUGUAAACGCUGUGUACACCGAGUCUCUGCCAUGGACUAUGCUGUGAAGAUUAUAGACAAAAGUAAGAGGGACCCCUCUGAAGAGAUCGAAAUCCUGAUGCGAUAUGGACAGCACCCCAACAUCAUCACUCUGAAAGACGUGUAUGACGAGGGCAGGUAUGUAUACCUGGUGACGGAGCUGAUGAAGGGAGGGGAGCUGCUGGAUCGAAUCCUCAGGCAGAAGUUUUUCUCCGAGAGAGAAGCAAGUGCUGUUCUUUACACCAUUACAAAGACUGUUGACUACCUCCACUGCCAAGGGGUAGUACACCGAGACCUGAAGCCCAGCAACAUCCUGUACAUGGACGACUCGGGGAAUCCCGACUCCAUCAGGAUCUGUGAUUUUGGAUUCGCUAAACAGCUCCGGGGAGGCAACGGCCUCCUUCUAACCCCCUGUUACACCGCCAACUUUGUGGCACCAGAGGUACUAAUGCGACAAGGUUAUGAUGCAGCCUGUGAUAUAUGGAGCCUUGGAGUCUUGCUGUAUACCAUGUUAGCAGGGUACACACCGUUCGCUAAUGGGCCAAACGACACACCGGAAGAGAUUCUUCUCCGGAUAGGAUCUGGGAAGUUCUCUUUGACGGGUGGCAACUGGGAUACUGUGUCAGACAGCUCGAAGGACUUGCUGUCCCAUAUGCUCCAUGUGGACCCUCACCAGCGAUACACAGCAGAGCAGGUUCUAAAGCAUUCCUGGAUCACGUGCAGAGAUACGCUACCGCACUUCCAGCUCACACGCCAUGAUGCACCGCACCUCGUCAAGGGAGCGAUGGCUGCCACCUAUUCAGCUCUGAGCCAGAAGACGAGUCAGCCAGUGUUGGAGCCUGUGGCGGCAUCCAGUUUAGCCCAGAGACGCAGCAUGAAGAAACUCACCUCAACGGACAUGUAGACCCAUGUUUCUCACCCACCAGUUUUGAUCUCACUCUGUCAGACUCAUACGCAAACAAGAAAAAGCAAAAAGUACGCGCACACCCACAGCCCCAAGUCUUGGCCAGUCAGAACUACUGUCUCCCAGGUUUUCUUUUAAAAAAAAAAAAAAAAAAAUCUAUUUAUUUGAAACACCGGAACAUCUGCAAUCACAGACACACACACACAGGACGAGGUUGCGUUGCAGAAGUCAGCCGAAGACGAACAGAGGAACCUCGUAUCUGUUACUGCUGGGGAGACAGACUUGUAUUUAUUUCCACAGCUUCUCAUAUGCACUUACCCUCCUCGCCUUUCAUUCUUUCUUCCUUUUUAUGUGAGGAAGAAACGCACCAGCUGAUGUUUUCCUUCACUGUGAUUGGCUGAUUAAAAAGCUGCUUUGGUUAAACUGUGCUCCCCCCCCACACACUGCUCUUCAUCUUCGCUCCGCCAUCCUCCUCUCCCCUCAUUUGCUUUUACUUUUUUUUUUUUUUUUUUUUUUUUUUUUUUUUUUUUUUUCAACGUGAAGUAAUGAUUUAUGUGUGAGAGUGCUGGCAAGUUGGUAUUGACUGAGGUACUUUGCAUAACCGUUUCCUUUCUGAGACAAAAAUAAAAAAAUAAAUGUAUUAAAAAAAAUCAGAUACUGCUUGAAGCGGGUUUGAAGGUUCUUCAGAACCAAAAUCACUUCCCAGCACUUUUGGUAACAUAAACGCAUGUGUGGACAGAUCCUGUAUUGCUUUUCCCUUGAAACUCAGUCGGAUUUGUUUUACUUGUGUAUCAAAAGACGUAAACAUGCUGCAGACGGACAAAAGAUACUGUCUCGCUACUGAAGGUGAACCUAUGUGGUAACAAGAAAUCGUUUGCAAAAAUGAUAUAACUAUAUAGAACAUAAUGAAGAUGAAGAGCAUGUGGGGGGGAGCUGUCGGGAUUUCUCUGGGGGGGAUGGGACGCACCCUGUCGAACCAGAGAGGCUGAAUUUAAAAGAAUAAAUAAAUGAAUAACAAAAAAACAUUUCCAAGGAAAUCUCUUCAAAAGACAUUGUGGAAAUUGUAUGAUACUGUAUUUAUUUCAUUUGAUUUUUAAGAUUCUAUUUUUCUUUCAAGUUCUGUAUAUAUUGACAUUAAAGAUCAUUAUUGACAUGCA